AUGUUCUCGCGCAACAAGGACCUUUCGCACAUGUCGUCCCUUUCAGGCCUGCGGUCGCGCUUCAAACACACCAUGUCCUCGUCGGCCAAGAUUCGGAGCUCCGAGGGCUGCUGGACCUGUCGCCUGCGCCGUAAGAAGUGCGACGAGGCCCGUCCCGUUUGCGACGGCUGCGCCCAGCUCGAAAUCACCUGCUACUACAGCGACGUCAAGCCCGACUGGAUGGACGGCGGCGAGCGCCAGAAGGAAAUGGCCGACAGCCUCAAGAAACAGGUCAAGAUCCAGGCCAAUAACCGCCGCGAGCGCAAGUACCUCCAGAGCCUCGACGUCGACCCAAACCACACUCCCGCCUCUGACGACCCCGAUCAUGUCAUCCCACCCGUGCCCCCGCUGAGCCUCGACGGCGGCUCCUCCAAGGCCAAUGACUCCAACAGCCCCUCUACCGUCAACGACACACCCGGCGACACCUCUAGCCCGGCCUUCCACAUGGGCUCCGUCAAGUCCUCUCUCCACGACCUCGCCCCCGCCGCCUCACCCAACCAGAUGCGACAGCUCAGUCCCGAAUGGCCCAGCCACUCCAAUCAUUCCAGCCCUCCAGCCGCCGCUCCCGCACCCGCUCCCGCACCCGCGACUCUGCCGGCCUCCCACCCCGCCGUGCCCAUCUCCGCCGACCACUCCAACGCCCCGCCCUUCUCCGACGACUCCAACCUUACCUUCAUCAUGAUCUACCUCGACUAUGUCUUCCCCUUCCUCUUUCCCUUCUACAAGCCUGCCCUGCUCGAGGGCGGCCGCAGCUGGCUCCUCAAUGUCCUCAACCACAACAAGGCCCUCUACCACACCGCUCUCGGUCUCGCCUCCCACUUCUUCGGCGUCGUCCUUACCGGCGCCCAGGUCGAGCACGCCCCCUGCCGCAUGAAGUCCGUCGCCAGCCUGCAACACCAGCUCGACCUCGCCCUCCGCGAGCUCCGCGCUGACAUGGCCAGCAUCAACGAGGGCGGCGUCGACAACCAGCUGCGCCGGGGCUGCCGCGUGCUCGAGAGCAUCGUCCAGCUUCUCAUCUUCGACGUCACCAUCGCCUCCAACGACCACUGGCAGAUGCACCUCGACGCCGCCACCGUCGUCUUCCAGCAGAUCCUCCCCCAGCCCGACCACUGGGACGCCACCAUGGACCACAUGGCCAUACCCCUCUUCUCCGGCGUCCGCUUCCCGCCCGGCUCCCAUACGGCCUGGAGCUCCGACCAGGCAGCCCUGCGCUUCUUCACUGCCUCCCUGCUCUACUUUGACAUCAUAUCCGCCACCGCCCUCGAGCGGCCCCCCACCCUGCAAGCCUACCACUACCACCUGCUCUCCCCCCGCAAGGAUGACUGCCUCGAGCUCGAGCCUCGCCUUCGCCUCGAGGAGUACUUUGGCUGCCAGAGCUGGGUCCUCCAGAUCAUCGGCGAGAUCGCCGCCCUCGACGCCUGGAAGAAGGACGCCCGCCGCGCCGGCUCACUCUCCAUGACCCACCUCGUCUCCCGCGCCGCUUGUCUCGAGCUCGCCCUCCGCGAGGGCAUCUCCUGCAUCGACAACCAGUGCCCGCAGCUCAUGGGCUCUGACGACCUCGUCGCCGCCUGCAGCAACGCCUGCACGGGCCGACCGCCGCCGCACCCGACCCACGCCGACACCAUGCGCCUGCCCCCUGACCCGCUGACGCUGUACCAGUACUCGCAGACUCAGGACGCGGUCGACGCCGCCCACGCCCACACGAAGAUCUGGGCCUACGCCGCGCUGACGUACCUCUCCACCGUCGUCUCCGGCUGGCAGCCCUCGUGCCCGGAGACCGUGACGAGCGUGCAGGCGACGCUCGACCUGCUCAACACGCUGCGCAGCCCCGUCUGCCUGCGCACCGUCGUCUGGCCCUUCUGCGUUAUCGGCUGCCUCGCCGACCCCCGACAAGAGAAUAUGUUCCGCGACAUGGCCGCCCGGAUGGGCCCGCUCGAGGUCUUUGGGUCCCUCACGGGCGCCCUCGGCGUCAUGGAGAAUGUAUGGGCCCGCCGGGAUACCAUCGAUGAGAGCUGGGACCUCGCCGCCUGCUUCAAGAUCCUUGGCCAUCCCGUGCUUCUGACCUGA